GCGGAGCCGCGGGGAGCACCCUGGGGUGCGAGGCGCCCGGAGGUACCUGCCAGCGGACCCAGGCCGGCCCCCCAGCCGCUCUGCGGCGAGUGAGGGGAAUCCGGAGGGAUUCCUGGGCAAGUGGCGCGUCCUGGGGCGGCAGCUGCGGAAGAAAGACCUAGUGCCCCCGAAUCCCUGAGCUGAAAGGGGCCAGAGCGGGGCCGGCAUGGGCGCCGAGCUGCCUGCAUCUUGGCUGCUGCUCUUCACCUGGCUCCCGGCAGGUUUGAAAUUCACAAAAGGGAUGAAAUCAAAGAAUAAAAGAGUCCUACCCAGAAGCAAAGCCAGUGCUGACGCAGGUGAAGGGUGCCUGUCCUUGCUGGUAACGGUCCAGCACGCAGAGCGCUAUGUCACCCUGUUUGCCUCUGUCGUCCUCAAAUGCGACUACACCACCUCCGCGCAGCUCCAGGACGUGGUAGUGACGUGGCGCUUCAAGUCCUUCUGCAAGGACCCCAUCUUCGACUACUACUCUGCGUCAUACCAGGCAGCUUUAUCCCUGGGCCAGGACCCAUCCAACGACUGCAAUGACAGCCAGCGGGAGGUUCGAAUCGUGGCCCAGAGGCGGGGGCAGAACGAGCCUGUGCUGGGGGUGGAUUACCGGCAGCGCAAGAUCACCAUCCAGAACCGAGCAGACCUUGUGAUUAAUGAAGUGAUGUGGUGGGACCAUGGCGUGUACUAUUGUACCAUUGAAGCUCCAGGGGACACGUCAGGCGACCCAGAUAAGGAGGUGAAGCUCAUUGUCCUGCAUUGGCUGACGGUGCUGCUCAUCACCCUGGGGGCCCUCCUCCUGCUGGCGCUGGCCGGCGUGUGCUGGUGCCAGUGCUGCCCUCGCUACUGCUGCUGCCACGUGCGCUGCCCGUGCUGCCCCGCCCGCUGCUGCUGCCCCGAGGAAGCCCUGGCCCGCCACCGAUACAUGAAGCAGGCUCAGGCCCUAGGCCCGCAGAUGAUGGAAAAACCCCUAUACUGGGGGGCAGACAGGAGCUCCCAGGUUUCAUCUUAUCCAAUGAACCUGCUGCUGCAGCAAGAUUUGUCCCUGCGAUCCAGCCUCCCUCACAUGCCAGUGAACCAGACCACCACUCACCCUCCCGUCACCAGUGGUAUCCUGGAGUAUUUGGAGAAGGAGCUUCGGAACCUUAACACAGCCCAGCCUGUACCCCCUAACCUCAGAGCCAUAUCUGGCCAACCCGGCAGCAUGCUGUCCUCUCUCGGCUCGGAGGUUGUAGAACGCAGGAUCAUCCACCUGCCCCCGCUGAUCAGAGACCCGCCGUCCUCACAGAGGACCAGCAACUCCUCCCACCAGCAGUGGCUCUCCCCAGCUCCCCCUGGGCCCUGGGGUCUGAGAGAGGGGAGGAGGCAACGCCACUCCUCUGAUUUCCACCAGGAGCCCCAGGUCCAGGAGCCUAAGCACUGGGCAUUGGAGGGAAGGGAGAGGGACCAGCUGCGGAGUGGAAGGCGCCACAGCUCUAGGCCGCAUGGGCCACCUGCGGCCUGGUCAGACAGAGACAGCCUCAGUGACGGCCCCUUGUCCAGCGGGGCCCACUGGCGGCCAAACCACCCCCCUCUCAGGAGCCGCUAUGCAGAGAGACCCCGGCGGCCCAGCCCCAGCGAGAGCACGCAGAGGCCCCGGAGGCGACGGCCGCGCAGCUACUCCCCUCCCCCGCCCUCAAGCCUCAGUUCCUGGAGCUCCGAGGAGGAGAAGGAGAGGCAGCCCCAGAGCUGGGCGGCCCACCGCCGCAGGUCUCACUCUCCAAACUGGCCAGAGGAGAAGCCGCCCAGCUACCGCUCACUGGAUGUCAUCUCAAGCAAGAAUGGCAGGAAAAAAGGGAGUGUGGAGAGGCCCUCGGAGAGAGACAGCUCCCAUAGUGGAAGGAGUGUGGUCAUUUAGUCACCGAGCACAAAACACUUCUGUGGCUACGUCUCAGCUCCUGCCUGUCAUCAGCAUCACCUAAAUUUCCAGCUGACCUGGGAGGGGCUUUCCAGUUGGCUUGGGAGGGACAUUACAAGUCUAUAUUUAACAAUUUUGGCUUCGAUUCUGAGAAUCAAAUAGAAGAAUAUAAAAAACAAGAGUUUGAGGAAUUGAUGACUGUAGUUUUAUGCUUGGUUCACACUCUGCAUUUUUAGAUAGUCUCUGACUUGUGGAUGUGAUUACAUCCUACCUGGGAUAUGAUCCCUCAGGAACUUAGUAGCCUGACUCUUCAGCUAGGUUUCACUGCUCAGAACUAUGGCCAUUUUAAAAGAGAGAACUCAGGAAUUUUUCAGAGGAAAUUAAACAUUACAGGAGCAGAAAAUCUAUUGAGUAUUACAGGGAUGUUUCUAUGGGAGCUUCUUUUUAUCUCUGUAGCGUAUCUCCAUGUUAGGAGUGAGUCCACCUUGUCGCACCCAUGCCUGGUCCUUAGUGUUCCUGAGGGUCCAGUCAGAGAUGGCAUAAGACAUACUCCAGCAAUGUGCCCUUCAUGGAUUGUGUAUUACAAAUGUAGAAAAUUACAGAGAAGCAAUUUUGCACCAGA